CAGCGAAUUUGCUUGGCAUCCCGAACAGUUUAUCGUAGCUUCGACUGCGGCGCACUACGAUUUGAGUCUUUUCCGGGUUUCUGGCGGCAUUCCAAAUUGCGGUUCUUGUACCAGAGGGACCACCAGAUCUGUCCCCGAUUAUCGUCCAUGCCUCUCGCAUGAUGCUCGCUCACCGGUGCUCUGCAAGAACGUCCUCUUCGAUCUUGCUGGUCUUCGUCCUGGCCAUUGUCUUCCUAACCGCGCGCCGAGUUCACAAUCCCCGAGCCCCACCACCUCCGCCAGAUCGUGCAACCUGGCGCGAUGGCGAUAUGAGUAAGGCCUGUCCGCAAGACCUUGAAUUCUUGCGCACCAAAGACCUGGCCUUGACCCAAAAAAUCGUGUACACCCGCCGCUGCAUCCGGCCCGUCCGCGGCGACGUCGAUCGCGAUGUCGUUGCCAACGUCAGCAGUCCGCUCGUCACCACCAAGACCAUCCUGAACCUGGCUGAUGGGUGCUCGAGUGCCGAGCCGCCCCCCUGCGAGCCGCUCUCACUGCAUGUCCCGCCCGCGUAUCCUAAGCCCGAGCAUCAGUAUCAGCACCUCGUCUUCGGCGUGGCGUCCUCAUACGGACGCCUCCAAGACGCCCUCCCGACCUUUGCCCACUGGCUCUCGGGCAGCGGCGCUGCACUCAUCGUGGUCGUCGCUGACGCCGACCAACCCGACGCCAACUUCGACCUCGCCGCCCUCGAAGCCGCAUACCGCAACCUCUCCAUCGACGCAACCGUCAUCGCACCCAAGCUCAAAACCGGCCUGCCACGGAAGGACACGCCCGCCAACGAGCCCCUCCCGUCCCCGGCGCCGGUCGAGCAGCUCCACUUCCUCCUCAUCCGCGACAUGCUCGAGUUCGCCACGCCGCAAACGCAGUGGCUCGGCGUCCUCGACGACGACACAUUCUUCCCCUCGCUGCACCCGCUGUCCGGCAUGCUCCAGCAGCACAACCACAGCGCGCCGGUCUGGCUCGGCGCGCUGGCCGACAACCUCGAAAGCAUCCGCAAGUGGGGGUACAUGUCGUACGGCGGGGCCGGCGUGUUCCUGUCAAUGCCGCUAGCGCGGCAGCUCGCGCCCCACCUGGACUCGUGCAUCCGCAAGACGACCAUCAUCUCGGGCGACGGCAUGCUGCGUGACUGCAUAUACUUGAACACGCCGACCAAGCUGACCGUCGUGCCGGAGCUGUACCAGCACGACAUGCGCGGCGACCCGGCCGGCUUUUACGAGAGCGGGCGCCGGGUGCUGAGCGUGCAUCACUGGAAGUCAUGGUACAACGCGCCCGUCGACAAGAUGGCGGCGGUGGUGCGCGUGUGCGGCGACUGCUUCCUGCAGCGCUUCCGGCUGGGCGACGACACGCUGCUGGCCAACGGGUACAGCGUGAGCGUGUACCGGGCGGGGCUGCUGCCGACGCUGGACCUGGGCCGCAUCGAGGGCACGUGGGGCGGGUGGGGUGGUUCCGACUUCGACUUCGUCUACGCGCCCUUCCGGCCGCCGCUGGCCCCCGAGGACAAGAAGAGCUACCGGCUGGUCGGGGUGGCCGAGGAGCCGGCGGCGACUGUCAACGGAGUCCCCGCCAAGCUCAGACAGUUCUAUGUGCAUCGCACCACGACGGAGGAGGAGAAGAAGGGGAAGGACUCGGCCAUGGACGAGGUGAUUGAGCUCGUUUGGGAGGGGUAAUAACUAGAGACGGGGUGGGAAGGAAUGCUACGUUUUGCAAGG